AUGAAAUAUGAACGUACAGGUCCGUUCAAAGUUGAAGAGGAAAUACUGAAGCAAAUUCAAGAGAUUGAUAAACAUCUUGUGAUAUUGGCGAUUACUGGGCUAUACAGGACUGGAAAAUCAUACCUCAUGAACCGGCUUGCAAACUCUUCGAACGGGUUUCCGCUUGGAAAGACUAUAGAGUCCAAAACAAAGGCAAUCUGGAUAUGGUGUAAGGAUCAUCCACUUAAAGACAACACUGUUCUUGUCCUUCUAGAUACAGAGGGUUUAGGAGACGUUUCGAAGCAUGGACACGAUAGUACAACAAUUAAAUAUAACAGACCAAGGGAAUGUAUUCGGAAAUAUUUUUGUAAACGCAAGUGCUUUGUUUUUGAUAGGCCAGGUGGAAGAAGAGUUCUGCAGCAGUUAGAAUGCAUUCCAUUGGAAGAAAUGUCCAACGAAUUUAUUGAAGAAACUAAUUUGUUUUUUAGAUUACAUGUACGCAUGCGAGAGCAAGUGUUUUCGACUCCUAUCGAGAUAUACGUUAACGCAAUACGAGACGGAGCCGUUCCUGAUGUCGAUGACGCAUUCAUGGCUGUUGCAAAUUUGGAAAACGAACGUAUGGCAGCCGUAGCUAUAAAAGAGUUUGCAGAAAAAAUAAAAAUGAUUGAACUACCAGUCCUGAAGACCAAUGAUUUCGAAAAUCUUUAUCAAGAAAUACAAAGGGGUGCACUUUCAAAACUGCGGCAUGAAUCAGUGUUCAACUCAGAAAAAUAUGAAAAACAUGCAGUUGCGGAUAUGAAUAGCAUGUGGGAAGAAAUGAAAAAGGAAAAUAGGAAAAUGGUCCGGCUUCACUGUGAACAGAUAAUACAAAAAAUCUUCUAUAGGAAUCAAAAUGAAAAGAAGUUAUUACAGCAAACCUGGCUGCUAUCAAUUAUACAGGCUAGAUAUAGAUAAGAUGACGACAAAUUACAAGAAUGAAGUCAAAGAUUGUGAUGAAUAUGAG